AUGGCAACUGGAGACUUGAAGAACAAUAUGAAACAACUGCUGUCACAGCUGAAGGCUACCAAGUUCCCACAAGUGAUUGAUAUUGGGGAAUUGUUUUGCUGGAUGCCUCAUAUAAACAAUGUUGACUUAUAUUUUAUUCACAGCCUGGCAAGGGGGUCACCACAGGCAUACCUGGCCAUCUACCACUAUCUGUUCACGUCUUACAGCACAGAACUAAACAGUGAUAUCGCCAGUUCUAAUAAUGAACUCUAUGGCAAGUCUGAUAUGAGAUUUAUGGAGGCUGUCUAUAAAAACAGUUCUUUUCACCUGGCUUUCGCAGAGCGUAAGGUCAUCAUGGCAACUGACAUCCUAAGGCUGGUGUAUAGGAGGUACGAUCCACCGAAAAGCUCAUCUUUCAGAGUAGCAGCUGCAAGGGAGGAAACAAAUAUGUCUCCAAGAGAAAAGGUUCAUCAAGAACCAGUGGAUGGUUCAAACUUUUUUUGUGUUAUCUUAGAACGGCCUCGCAAAAUUGCCAGCAAAUCAUCACCAGACAUGGCAGGAGCUAUUGUAUUGCCCAAGAGACCAUCGUCAGCAGGUUUUAAAAUUCCCAAAUCGUCAUUUCCAGCUCACCAAGUUUCUAAUGAAAGCCCACUUUUUGGAGCACCGUCCCUGCCAUUCAGGGGCCAUAAACAAAAACAGCUGUUUGUUUCCAAUGCAGUUCGACAAGAAUCGCCGGAUGCUCUUAUCAGACGCACAUUUAUUGAUCUGGUGUCACCAGCCCUUGUGAAAGUCAAUGACAAAAUUGACAAAUUACAGAUUAGUUUGAUGGAGCAGCUGAAUGUGACUUGUGAUCUCCCAUCACCAGCAGCUCUCACGUCAGAUCUAACAAAACAGAUGAGUGAUGUUGUUUUCAAGCUGGACACUUUAACAUCCAGAGUUUUCCUUAUUGAAAACCGGCUGAUAAUGAUUGAGUCCAAGUUGAAGGAUGAGGAGAAUAACAGAGGGAACUUGACUGAAAGCAAGAGUUGCCACAGUUCUAAAAUAGCUGCAGCCGAUUCCACACACCUUGAAGACUCAGCCAGAGGUGACCGAAAUAACAACAGUAUGGCUAGCAAGGAGAAAGAAAUGUCAGAGCGAAGGAAAGACAACAACAAGAUAGACAGAGAGACUACAAUUUCCAGUUGUGUUAAUAGCAGUGAUGAUGAGGGUAAUGCUGAAGAUUUGAAAGUUGUUGUUAUUCGAGAAGACACAAAACAGCCACAAAUAAAGCCCUCAAAGAUGGCAUUCAUCAAGACACUGGUCAGCAAAAAUGAUUUAGAAGAUACACUUGUGAGUGAUGCAAGCUAUUUGGAAACAUCAGUCAAUAAGAAUUACCAGCAAGCAGAACCAGCUUCUUCAAACAUAAUCAAAAACCUUAAACAGCCGUUUGAAGAUAUGGUCUCUCCAAUAAAGUCAUACAAGCAAGAUGAGUCUGUGAUGAACCUCCAGUAUACAGCGGAUGAUAGUGUCAAUAUGGAUGGCCGUAGGUCCAGCACUCCGUCAAACUUUAUGUUAGAUGACUCCACGAUGGACCGUGUCAGUCGGAUACACCAGAUGAUGACUGAAACUAAACAGCUUCUUCACUAA